AUGAAUUCUAAAUUUAUUCGUGACUUAUAUCAUGACCCUCCUGGUACUCACAAAAUAACCCGAGCAAUUGUUGGAUUUUUUUUUGGAUUUUCCUUGGCUGUCUUUUUUUACGUCACUGUAAUACUGGACUUGGGGUUUCAACCCUACACUACUUUUGCACUGGGUUCUAUUAUUGUUACGAUGAUGUCUGUUGGAUGUGCGUUGUCUAUACAAAUAAGGUGCAUUUGUCUUUUGAUGAUUCCGUCAUUCUUAGGACGCACUGGUCGAGGUGUACUGAAAACUCUUGUAGUAGCCUACCUCAUUACUGGUCCGAUAUUUAAUUUAACUUAUAAUGCUAAAGAAAUUGUCCGUACAUUUGCUUGCACAUCUGAGCUACACUAUAAUUUGACUAAAAUGCGAGUCAAUUUAAUGUUCGAACCUUUGAAACAAGUAAUGAUGGGAAUGGAGGAAAAUAAAGCCAACAUGAAAGUCGUAUCAGACUCGGUUAAAAAAUUAAUGCUGCCGUUUGUUGAAGAAAUAGAAGGUAAAGAAGCGAUGAAGAAAUUCAGUGAAGAAAAUGAUUACAUUGAUGAAGAGACUAAAAAAGUUAAAGAUAAACGUAGAAAAAAACGUCAUAAAUUAGAUUCUGUGAAGACGGCGGCGUAUUACGAGACUAAGUAUCGAGAAAAACUUAAGAACAAAUGUGAAGACCAGCUCACUAAAGGCUCUGACAGAUGCCGAUAUAUGUUUGAAAAGUCUUAUGACGAAUGUUACGAGGCCGUUACAUGGGCUGCCGCUUGGCUUCUGUGCUGGCCAAUGAAACUUGACUUUGUUUGUCAAGCUGUCGAGUCUCUGGGGGGUGCUAACAUAUGUAAUCCUGAUGGUAAUAUCGAAGCUGGAGUUGGCGAUGGAUAUUAUGGUUUAAAAGAGGCACAAAAAUAUCUGGAAAAAAGCUCCAAAGACGCUCGUCUACAGUACAAAGUUGAUUUAUCAAAUUCUUCAGAGCUCGUUGGAAUACGCGAUGCCAGCGAUAUUGCCAAAUCAGUUCUCCACGAAUUUACAUAUCGCCGUGAUUUAUUUUUAUCAGUAAUGACGAUAAUAAAACGUUGCUUGGCAUUUAUUGUUCUCAAUAUUGUUCGAAGUGCUCAAAAGUAUCACGAUAAAUAUCUCAUGGAUAUCGAGCACGACAAUCGUUACAUUACCACAUAUUUCAAAGAAAUAGAUUCAAGACGUACGCUCAAAGGCACUCCAACUCUAUUGCCACUCAAAAAAAUUGAACGCUUACAAUACAUUGAUCCAUAUUCUGUAAAAUUAAUCCGUCGCGAACGGAUGAAUUUAAUUGGACAGACUUUAAAAUUAAUAUUUCAGGUUUUUAUGGCCUCUACUUUUAUUAUUCUUGAUUAUCUUUUGUACAUUACUUUAUUUCUUGUUCACAAACAUGGAAAAAUUGAUUUUACUCAGGAAGGUGAACAUAAUUUACAUGUAACCGUUCGCGGCGUAGGAUUAAUAGCCACAUUAAUGCGCAAUAUUCUUAACCGAUUUAAUGUUAAAAAACGAACAAAAGUAUCGGUAUCUAACAUCGAAUGUCUUCCACAUCCUCGUAAACUUCAAAGCUAUAUUUUAUACAAAAUAUACGUUACCUAUUUAAUGAUAUGGAUUUUAGCAUUUAUCGACGGUUAUAUUAAAAGAUUAAGAUCUAAAAUGUGUUCAUUUUUUUAUCCAAAACAUGAGGAGCGACGUAUUCUUUACUUGUACACAAAUAUCCAGAGACGAAGACUGCGCUUCAAUGAAUUCAAACGAAGUCGAAUACGAGUUUUGGUCAGGGAACAAUUAUUGGAACGUAAUGUCGAUUUGUGGUUGGUAUUGAGAACCGACUAUCCACGUUGGUUCGGUUGGAUCCGAUGGUUCGCUUUCGGGCGGCCGCGUUGUCUUCUUUGUAACGAAACGGAGCCAAGAAGAAAAUCAAAUUUUCACAAAUGCGCGACUGAAGUUUGUCCAUUUUUUUACUGCAGCGACUGCUGGAGAGACAUCGGAGAAAUAUGUUACGCAUGCACACCAGAUUAUUUGGACAGCAAUGACGAGUCGGAUGUUUUAGAUUCGGACGAAGAAAACGCGAGGAUCAACGCGGCUUCUGAUGAAUCUUAUUUCUGGCACCAUUGCGUGAUUUCUUAAUAAAAAAAAUUGCUGUUAUCUAAGACAUUGUAUAAAUUAUAAGACAGUAUUAUGAAGUGGAUCUAAUAAAAGGGUUAAGCAUGCGCCGGAUAAAUCGUGCAUCAUCAUUGUAUCCGAUAGCCACUAGCACGUGCAUUUCAUUAC